AUGGCUUCUACUUCAUCUUUAGCCAUCUCCUACGAUGUUCUUGAAAGAGGAGAAGGGAUCUCGCCAGCCCUCAUGAAAGCGAUUGAAGAAUCCAAGAUUUCUGUAAAAAAAAAAGGGCGAAAGGUUUUACCCAUUUUCUACCGUGUAAAUCCUUCCGAUGUUAGAAAACAGACUGGGAAAUUUGGAGAAGCAUUUGGGAAAGUCAAAGAAAAUUCAAAGCACAGCUUAGACGUUGUGGAGAAGUGGCGCACUGCUUUGAUGGAAGCAGGCAAUCUAUCUGGAUGGGUUUCCAGCGACUCCAGGCCUGAAUCCCAACUAUGUGAAGAAGUCGCUGAUCACAUUCUGAAGAAAUUGUAUCCCAUCUCGUUUACUGCUUCUACUGGCUUAGUUGGGAUUGAUUCACAUGUUGAUAAAAUUAUGUCAUUGUUAUGUAUUGAGCCAACAAGCAUUCGGGUAAUAGGAAUUUGGGGAAUGGGUGGUAUUGGAAAGACCACCAUAGCUGAAAUUCUAUUUAGUCGAAUAUGUAAUCAAUUUGAUUGCUUUUGCUUUCUUCGCAAUGUUAGGGAAAAAUCAGAAAAAUAUGGGCUAGUUGAUUUAAGAAAAAGCUUUUUUUCGGAACUCUUGGGGAUUGAAAUUAGAAAUCUAGAUAUGCUCAGUGUGGUACCCCCUUCCAUUAAGGAUUCACUUAAUCGGAAGAAAGUUCUUGCUGUUCUUGAUGAUGUUAAUGAUCCAGAACAACUAGAAGCUUUAGCUGUAAAUGAUGAUGAUUGUUUUGGGCUGGGAAGUAGAAUCAUUUUAAUAAGCAGAGACAAACAAGUCCUUAGCAGUGCUGAAAAGAUAUAUGAGGUUAAGGGAUUGGAUUUUAGCGAUGCUCUUCAGCUGUUAAGUAUGAAAGCCUUCAAACAAAACCAUCCUCCGGUGGAAUAUAGAGAGUUGUCCAAAAGGGUAGAAAAUUAUUGUAAAGGUGUUCCACUAGCUCUCAAGGUUUUGGGUUCCUAUUUGUGCGGAAGGACCUCUAAAGAAUGGGAAAGUGCAUUGAAUAAACUGAAGGUAUCUCCUGACUACAACAUUCUGAAAGUCUUAAAAGUAAGUUAUAAUGCUUUAGAUCGAAUGGAAAAAAGCAUAUUUCUAGAUAUUGCAUGUUUCUUCAAAGGAUAUGACAAAAGCUGGGUAGAAGAUAUAUUAGACGAUUGGGCAAUAAUUCGUCUAGUGGAUCACUGUCUCAUAACUAUUGUGCAUGGCAAGCUAGAGAUGCACGAUUUGAUAGUGGAAAUGGGUCAAGAUAUUGCUCGGCGGAAGGGUAACCGAUUAUGGAUUUCUACAGAUAUCUGUCAAAUGUUGGCCACAAUUGAUAAUAAGGCAAAGAAAGUAGUUGAAGGCCUAUUUUUGGACAUCUCUACAAUUGGAAGGGUAUAUUUGAAUCCUGCCGUGUUCUCAAGAAUGCACAACUUGAGAUUGCUCAAAUUUUACUGGAGUUCCUGGUUAAAGAAGGAAGGUACUGGCUCCAUAUUUGAAUCUAGCGGAUCAGAUUGUCUAAAAAGUCUUCCUAACAAGUUGAGAUUUGAUGCACAUAUUUUUUUGCCACCAUCUGACAUUGCACAACCAGUAGCAGAUACAGGAACCACUGCACAACCAGAGGCACAAUCUGUACCACCAGUCCAACAGCAUUCUACUGAACCUGCACCACCCACUCAGUCUGCACAGGAUACCCCAGCAGAAUCUGCACAGCUAACACCAUCUGCAACUGGACCCUCUUCAUCCACACUUUCUUAUGCAUCACCAUCAUCUCUUGAAUUCACAUCUGCUCUAUACCAGAUUCCUGCCUUGCUUAUGCGACCUCAUGGAAAACUGCAUAACUUAUGCAGUCUUGCAUCCUGCUCAUGCGACUCGCACAGAGCCAGAACCGCUAAAAGCGCAUAA